AUCUUAGUACAAUUUUCGGCUGAGUGCCGACGCGGUCGGUGAUAUUGGUGACGCCAGACAAAGGGUGUUUUGUAUACAAUUUCUCAAAAAAGUGCUAUUAUCAGCCUAACUUGGCCUAGUCGUUAUUUGAACUUGCACAUUUUUCAUCAAAAUUCACUUGCAGUCAAGCGUGUGAAGUAAUACCUUAGAUAUGGACGAAAGCGAGGAUGAAAGUGCCGAUUCUGAAGUAGAAGUUAUUUACGAUGGAGCGGAGAAUGAAAUUUAUAAUGUUGAGACAGACUUCGAAGACAACGUUAGUGUAGAAUUUUCAUCGGAGGAAAGCGUUGCUUACACAUACUCCGAGAAUGAAGAAGCAUCGGAUGGAUGUGAUCACAGUUUAGAAGAAAGUGACAAUGAAUUUGAUGAUUUAAUGGAUGAAAAGACUUUGAAGGAUUUUAAUGAGAAAAAAACAGACAUCCUGGAGACUUUAAAUAUGUGGAAAAAGGAAAAAAGAAAAUUUGACGAAAGUUUAGCACUUCCGCAUUAUAAUGGCGAUCAUUGUGUGAUAGACCGACUGAGCGACGAUUGUUUGAUACAUAUAUUUAGUUAUUUACCUCUGAAAGAUAGGAUCUGUAUCGAAAGAGUAUGUAAACGUUGGCAAAUAAAAGGCCUCGAAUCGUGGAGAAGGUUUUGCAAGCUAAGCAUCAGUAACUCAAACGAAACCUGCAAUGAGAAGUGGUGGUACUCUGCAAAUGCAAAACAGCUUGAACAUGUACUUUACCGAUGUGGAGUCUAUUUAGAUCACAUCGAUGUUCACUUGAACUUCUCUCGCGAUGAUGCGCUUUUCAUCAUCGACCAAAUGUGUCCAAAUCUUCGGUCAAUCACCCUGUGUGAUGUGGAAAAUUUUGAACCAUUCGCGUACUAUUCUUUGAUAUCUGGGUUUCGAAAACUGACUGAUAUAGAAAUAAACAGCUACAACUCUAGUGGAAAUAAUUUCUUACAAAUAUUUGACUCGAGGAGAAAACUGAGAGCUAUAAGACUUGAUUUGCGAAGCUUCAAAAUUCGGACUCUGUGGCCUUACUCGGAAUCUAUCCAAGAACUUUAUCUGAGCGUUACUAAGAUUUCUUACACUGAUCUUGUGAAGGCUCUUAGAGAGUUCAAGAAUCUGAAAAAACUUUUUCUCCGUUUUAUUUGGAUAGAUAAUAUUCUACGGGAACUUGUAUAUCUAAACAAUUUAAAGGAUCUAAGGUUACCGCAGUGCAAUAUACAUAAAACAAAAAUACAGGAAGCAAAAUGUAUUUCAAAACUAGAAAAUUUGGAGUGGCUAGAUCUCACAAAUACAUCUGAAUGGUUCACGGACGUGACAAUGCUCGUUAAUUUGAGAGCUUUACGCCUUCAACAUAACUCUUACGUCACGGAUUUGUAUAUCUUGGAUUUGACAGAACAUUGCAGACAUUUGACCUACUUGAACAUUAGCGAUUGUAAAAAAGUAAGUGACGUGGGAAUCGAUGCAAUAGCCGAACUUCCAAACCUUCAACGUCUCAACAUGGAGAAUUUACGAAACAUUUCAGGAAAAGGUCUCGAAAAAAUGGGCAAUCUGCGCCAUUUAGACGCAAAAGGCUGCAAGAAAUUGGAAAUGAAGUACAUUGCAUGGAUAAUUGAAGUGGCGUCUCAACUGAAAUUUCUGGAUGUCAGCGAGUGCAGAGAUAUCAAACCGGAUUUGUUUGAAGUGGCUGCGAAAACUAUCCGAGUUCGCAAGAUUGGGGUGGUUUUAAAAAUAUGCGUAUCACUCGAUCUUUUUUUACAGUACGAACCCACUGAAGAAGACUCGAAGCUUCCAUUGGUUGUCACGAGUGAAUCAAUGGAUUAUUUUUACGAAUACGAUAAAAGUGGAUAAAAUCUCCAUAGAUAUAUUUAGUGAUUAAAAGUAAAAGAAUGUAGGAGAAGUAAAUGCGGAAUGCAAUUCUGUUUUAGUCUUCUGUUAAUAGUCGAAAACUAAUUUUAUUUUUCUAUCUUAGGGAUAUUGUUCUUAUCCUGAAAUACGUUGUUGGUAACAUUUUUUUUUGUAAAGGCGAGAGAAUACUUUUAUAGGUGUGCCGUAAAAUUUUAUAUUGUUCAUGACAUCGAGCUUAUAUUGAAAAAUAUAUGAGGUUCGAAAUUUUUCAUUAAAAUUGAA